AUGAUCCACGCACACUCCGAUGACGAUGGACUACGACGGCAUGUGUCAAUUAGUACGCUUCCAAGGCUCACCCGAGCGGGGACAUUUGAGAUUGAGACGCGUCUUCUCGCGAGACAUAUUCGACAUAGAGUCCGUAAAUUUGUGAAGUUCUGCAAGAAGCUUGCUCGGGCCGUUGGCAGGAUCAUCAAAUACCUCGUCUUCGUCCCAUGCCUUCCCAACGUAUGCUUCUUUAUCCUUGCGGACAAAGUCAUCGCGUCGGCGAGAACCGGAUCCGCGGAACAGACUUCAGACGACGUUACCUAUUUUCCAACCCCGAAGCACCAUGGUGGCGACAGCGUUAAUGUCGUGAUCAUCGAAACGCGUGAGGUUGAGGGCUAA